CCCCUUUAAAAAAACCCCAUAACCCAUGCAUUAUUCUUCACUAAAACUUAUCCAUUCUUAAUUAGAUAAGUAACAAUUUCAUUAAGAAAAAAUGUUGUCCAGAAACUUUGCAUUAUUUUCAUGUUUCAUUUUCAUAACCCUAGCCCUAACCCUUACCCAAAUGUGCCAUGCACAAAAUUCCCCACAAGACUAUGUUAACGCCCACAACGCCGCCAGGGCGGCGGUGGGCGUUGGAAACAUACAAUGGGACAACCAAGUAGCCGCCUUCGCCCAACAAUAUGCCAACCAAAGGAUGGGUGAUUGUGCUCUGCGACACUCUGGUGGCGGUGGCAAGUACGGCGAAAACUUGGCCACCGGUAGCGGUGCAUUUAUGACUGGUACGGCGGCGGUACAAAUGUGGGUUAAUGAAAUGGCGGAUUAUAACUAUAAUUCCAAUACUUGUGCCCCUAAUAAGAUGUGUGGGCAUUAUACACAAGUGGUUUGGCGUAAAUCAGUUCGUGUUGGUUGUGCUAGGGUUCAGUGUAACAAUGGUGGGUUCUUUGUUACUUGUAACUAUGAUCCUCCUGGUAACUAUGUUGGAGAGAAACCUUACUGAAGUACCUAUCUACUCCCUACGUCCCAAAUUUAUAGUCAUGUUUGGUUGUUUUCUUAUUUUGACAUCAUUUUUCCCACUUUCCCAUACAUUAUAUCCAGCUUUCCCAGACACCUUUCCACUUUCUAUACAUUGUUAACUGUAUUCCACAUUUUGCACUUUCCCAUAUACUAUAUUAUUCCAUUUUUUUUAAA